AUGAGUGACAUAGAUCUGGAAGAGAGCGAAGAUAUUGAUUCGUAUAAUGAAGACGAGACUUCUGAAGACAGGAAUAAUUCAUUUCGAAUAAUAAGAAAUGUUUUAGUAGGCAAAAGAAUAAGAAAUCCAUUUUGUGGAGAGAUACCGAGUUAUAAAACUCUGAAUCAUAUUGGAAAUUAUAUUUUGGAUAUGUUGAAAUCUGCACCAACUUUUGUCGGUCAGAUCGAUGCAAAAACAGGAAUUAGAAUUACAUUCCAGGAGAUGAGAGAGAAAAGCGUGAAAUGCGCAUUAUGGCUGAGAAAGCAACGUGUCUGUCACAAAAGUAUAAUAACAGUGUGUACCAAGAAUCAAUUGGAUGCUUACAUACCAUUUUUGGCAGGCUUGUAUCUUGGUUGUAAAGUGAAUCCGUUAGAUGAGUAUUUCGUUAGAGGAAAUUUAGAUUAUUUUCUGCAGAGAGUCAAGCCAAAUGUAAUCUUUACCAGCGCAGACAUCGCCAUGGCUGUACAAUUUGCGUGUACAAAGAUAAGGACAAACAACAAUAAGUCUUUGGCAAAAAUCGUAGUUUUUGAUCAUUCUAACGCUUUCGAAAGUCUCCAUUCAAUUCUGACUCACUUCAACGAAUACGCUAUUGACCACUUUUCUUGUCCAAAGAUAACUAUGAACGAAACUGCGAUGAUACUGUUCUCUUCUGGUACGGAUGAUCUUCCCAAAGCUGUAGAUAUUCCUCAAACAGUUUUCAUGGCUCCCGAUCAGGCACCCCUUAUGUGUAACAAUGACAUCGCAAUCUGGUUCGAAUCCUUUGGUUUCAUCACUGGCAUGUUCCUGACUAUUAAGGCGAUCGUUACGUGUGUGACAGCGAUUAAAGUCCAGUCAACGUUCUGUGCGAACGAUGCGUGCAAAUUGAUCGAGAAAUAUAAGAUAACGUGGAUGUUUCUUCAAACUGACGUGUGUGCCGAAUUGGUUAAAACCGUUGAUCUUACAAAAUAUGAUGUCUCUUCUCUGAAAAAAUUUGUAUUCGGCGGCUCGGCUGUCUGUCAUGAAAUUCACGCGAGUCUUAUCAACUUACUGCCAUACGCUUCUGUUAUUCAAGUAUACAGUCUAACUGAAACAGGUGUAAUCGCUUACCAACAUCAGACCGGAAAGAUUGGGUCCAAUGGUUACGUAGCUAGGAACAUUAAAUUGAAAAUCACGUCUGUAUGUCCUUCACCUGAGGAUGCCCCGUUAGGAUCAAAUAUGCAAGAUGGAUGGAGGACAGAUUGGUUCAAAACUGGAGAUAUAGGCUAUUACGAUGAAGAUGGCAAUGUUUUCGUCACCGAGCGGGCGAAUCAGGUUUUUAAAUAUAAAAAGAAGUCAAUUUCACCGAUGAAAAUUGAGGCCGUGCUACAAACUCAUCCUGCAGUGCUUGAUGCCGUUGUAGUACCUGUACCGUACGCUUUUGAGAAUCAAUUUCCAAAAGCAUUUAUCACAAAAGUGGCUGGAAAAGAGGUAACGGAAGAGGAAUUAAAGCAAUUGGUAAUAGAAAAAUUGAAUCAUGAUUAUGAGCUUCGCGCUGGUGUAAUAUUCCUUAGCAAGAUGCCACGUAAUUCAAACGGAAAAAUUCAACGAAAGGUAUUCCAUUGCUGGGCGCAAGUUGAUGCGUGGAAUGAAACAUAA